UCUAUCAGGCACCAUGAGAUAAAUAUGACCGAACAUAAAACCAAAACUGACCGUAGUUUUCCCCCCAAGCUCAUCUUUUUCUGUACAACAUGCUUCCGUCGACAUACAAUUUGAAGAAAAUAUAUCAUUGGCAUUUUAUUAAUAUUGGCUACUUCAAAUGGAGUUAUAAAAAAUAGGACUGUUUCGACUUUUUUGUUUUGAUCAGUGCUAGACAUUUUUAAAUGAUCGUAUACUAGCCUACCUGGAAAACACAGCAAGAUAUCUAACAAUCGGGAAAACUGAGGAAACGGAAAAGAAGUACUUUCAUUGUGAUUUGCAUUCCUUAAUAAUAUUUAUUCUUUUUAAAGGAUGUUAUAUAUGCAAAAAAACGGUUUUAAUAUUUAAGGAUUUGUCUAUGAUAUAUUUUACAGUCGUGUUCGGUUUCAAAUCAACAACAGCGAAAGUCUAUGCGACGCUUGACGGUCAGACAUCAGCACACCCAUGGAAAUGCGUCCGGCACGGACCGCAGCUUAGAGGUAAUCCUCAGGUCGCGCAGCAUCCUUGGAGGACAAUGCCGUCGUUUAACCAUGUGGUUUUAUUAAUCGGCGUCUUCCUCGUCGCGACUGGUGGGGCGACUGCGUUUUUGGCUUCAGAAAAGACCACGAAUCAUGCGUUUAGCCUUUGCUGUGUUGUGCUCGGGGCCCUUCUAUUGAUCCUAGGACUUUUUUGGGCUAUGAAUGGAAAGAACAACCAAGUCCCUUACGGCGACGAUUACAGCCACGUCCUCUUCACCCCUCCGCCCGGUAGUCAUUUCCCCGAAUCGCAGUCCGUUCUGCUACAGAGAACACUGGAGAGGCAACGAUGUGGAAUUUACGGAGAGGACUUUGACUACCCUCCGUUGGAGCCCACUUGUUUCAGCCCUCCGAUGAAUCCAUCAUGCUGGAACAUGGAGGCCCCUCCUCCAUAUGAAGUCGCCAUCAGGACCACCAGGAGCUCCACGCAUCUGCAACGCAGCUAUUCAGACACACUACUGGCCACUGAGCCGCUGUUUAGCCGCUCUCGGGAGAUUAGCUUUGAAGUGUGACGUUCCACGUUGCGUCCAUUCCGAGUGGGAUGUUCCCCUUCUCUGGCAGUGGCAGCUAUGAAGUGAUGCUUCACAAUUCCUGCCCCUGUUGGCCUCAGUUCUGCCUUCAAAUUUCUGGAUGCCGUAUUGAUGUGAUACGUGAUAUUUUCUAUUGUUUCUUAGCAGAAGAGAUGACUGGUCUGGCUAUAAUGAGCACAACUUCUAAGUUGCAGAUUUUGAGUCAGACAGUUCAAAAAGCAACGUACGCACUUCAUACAACAAGUUAUUGAUGUAUUUAGCAUGAAACAAAACAGCUUCCCUGGAUAACUAUACAAUCAGCCACUUUCCUCAGGAAGUGAAUGAAUUUGCAAAAAAAUAAAUAAAUAAACAAAUAACAUUUAUUACCAUAGGCUACACAUAAAAUAAGCAUGCAUGAUGUCACCCAGGGAAUAUGAAAAGUGCAAUUAGAAAUUAAUUAUACCACAAGUUGCCUUUCCUUAAUGGAUUACCCAUCUGCAUUGGAUAAAGCUAUAUCCAAAUGGAGAUCUCACAGUUGAUUUGAUUGCACAGAUCAAACGGGCCUUUUACAUUAUGCAAAUACGACCUCAAUGUCCAAGACACACCAAUGAAAUGCUUAAUUAUGUACAGUGUACUUAGGAAUGAUGACUUGGAACUACAAUCGUGUGCUAUAAUGACAAGAAAGGCACAUGCUUUGGUCAUUCUAUAUAAGUAAAUAAACAUGGGUUUUGCCCUCA